UCAUUUUUCAAUCAAGUCAAUCACUAUUAUUUGAUCGAUGAUUCGAUCAAUGAUACUACCAUAAAGGAUGAACACUCAUGGAUAAUUUAUUAUGUUAAUAAUUGCGUUAUUGAACGACCAAUCGGAUGGAUUGAUGGAGCAAUCAAAAUAGAAGAUAAUAACAUUCGAAAGAAUUGUUCAAACUCAUUGAUUAUUAUGAAAUUGAAUCGGAAAAAUAGACUACAACUGAAUGAUUUCAGACGAUUGAAUACAAAUUCAGAGAAAGCCUUUCGAUUUUGUUUUGAUUCUUUCUAUGGGGAAAAAAUUGAAAAAAAAUUCAUCAUAAAUAGCUCAUUAAAUCCAAGCAAAAAUUUUGUUUUAGAAGCUGACGCAAAAAUGUACGUCCAUGUUGAAACAUUAAAGAUUUUUGAAAAUGAUAAAAAUGCUCUGCCCAUAACGCAACCAGCAACAGUUGAAAUACAGUCAGGAUGUAUUGAUUUAUUUUUUUCAGCAGAUGAUUCAAUCUAUAUUUGUCGUUCACAAUCCGAUCAAGAAUUUCGUAUCAGGAUUGUAUCUGAAAAUUAUCAAAUAGAUUAUGCCACUAUUAACAAAGAAUUGCUUCAUGAAAAAAACGAAACUCGUGCGAUGAUUGAAAAGAAAAAUAGCUUAAAGCCACGCAUUUCUUUGUCCAAUAAAAUAAUACGAAGAAACCUUUUUCAAUUGGCUGAUAUGAAACAAACGCUGUCAUCAUUAUUGAAAACAAAUUUGAUAUCAAAAACUAGAAACAACGAAUUGACCGAAAAAGAAGCGAAAAAAAUAUAAAAAAUGAACUGGAAACAUUUGAAACUGUGAAAAAUCAUACAGAUGAACCUAACAACUAUGAUGAACAACCAUCAAAUCAAGAAACACAAAUGAUAAUCCGAAGCAAAGAAUCGUCAGAAAUUCAACUUGAAACUAACGACGAACAACAGCCAAAAGCUCUAGAUCUAUUAGAAUCAAAUGAAGCGCAAUCAGAAAUGACAAAAAUUUUUCAAAAUUAUUUUCAAAAGACAAAAGCAAUACCAUUUGAUGAAAUUGAAAAGUUUAUCAAGUUGGAUUCGGUUUUAAUUGUCAAAAAAAUUAAAUUAAAUAAUUUGGCUUCUUCUUCAGCUGUCAUUUCAUCACAGAAAUCCACUAUUGCAGAUCAAAGUGUGCAAUCAUUAUCAAGUCCGGUGACAGAAUCGACACAAACAUCACCAUCAAUAACAGAUAGAGAAAUAUUACGAAAAUCGGCCAUACAUCACAUACAGAAAUGUAUACGAUAUCUAGAACAUGUGGAUAAUUUCGUAGCAAAUAAUAAGGCUAAUUUUAAUGAAGAUGCAAUCGAAAAAAAAUUCAAUCGUUUACGAAGACGAUUAAAUGACAAACUAAUGACAACUAUCGAUCGUGUUGAAGAUUAUAUUCGACCAUUGAUCGGUGAUGACGGCGGCAAUACUACCAAUAUUAAUUCUACUAAGCAAAGUGAGCAUAAUUUUUUUUACGAGUUGGUCGAAAAAAUAUUCAAACUAAUAGCAUCCAUGGAACAUGAAUUAUUUCGAAUGAUUUCCAAACAGAUAAUGACUUGUCUAAUGAAAAUAAACAACAAAUAUUUGCUUUGA